AAACAUUUGGAGAGCCUACACCAACCAAGAAGCUACAAACGAAUCUAUACAUUUAUCAAUUCAGUAGUUGCAAUUUUGGGGAAAAAUUGAAAAUUUUCUUACAACAAAAAUGGCUAACGAUGAGGUGAUCGUGUUGGGUUUCUGGCCUAGCAUGUUUGGUUUGAGGCUGAGGAUUGCACUUGCUGAAAAAGAGGUUAAAUUUGAGUACAGAGAAGAGGAUUUGAAGAACAAAAGCCCUCUGCUUUUGCAGAUGAACCCUAUUCACAGGAAAAUCCCUGUUUUGAUUCAUAAUGGCAAACCAAUUUGUGAGUCUAUCAUUGGAGUUGAGUAUAUUGAGGAAGUGUGGAAGGACAAAGCCCCUUUGCUCCCUUCUGAUCCUUAUGAGAGAACACAAGCUAGGUUUUGGGCUGACUACAUUGACAAGAAGUUUUAUUGGCCUGCAAGGAAGCUGUGGACAACAAAGGGCGAAGAGCAGGAGAUAGCGAAGAAAGAUUUCAUAGAAUGCCUUAAAGUGCUGGAGGGAGUACUAGGAGACAAGCCUUAUUUUGGAGGGGAUAACUUUGGUUUUGUAGAUAUUGCUCUCAUUGGAUUCUACUGUUGGUUUAGUGCCUAUGAGACUUACGGUAACUUCAGCACAGAGGCUGAGUUCCCAAAGUUUUUCGCUUGGGCUAAGAGGUGUAUGCAGAGGGACAGUGUGGCUAAGUCUUCGCCAGACCAACAUAAGGUCCUCGAGUUUGUGAAAGUUGUUAGGCAGAGGCUUGGAAUUGAAUAAAAAUAUGCCUAUGCAUCAUAAUGUAGCCAUUCUUGAGUUGUUUCAAGAUUUGAAAUGUUUGUUUUCUUCUACUUUACUGUUUUGUUGAGUGUUGGCUUUAGUCCAUGUAUGAAAUUUUGGGGCUUCUCCUCUUUUGUAAUGAGAAGUAAUUACUUCUUCACGAGCAUUAUGCUUCAGUUCUAAACAAGUUUGAGAUUGGCUAUAAGAUUCUACUCUAUACUA